CCGUCCUGUCAAAGGGGAAGGAGGCCACGACGGUACUCCAAGCAGAGUGAAAGAGAAAACAUUUCUUUAGACUAUGAGAGAUUCAUGCAGUGAAACUGUAUCACCCAUCUGCUUAGUGUGUGCUACCCUGGGGGUCCAGGAGGUUUGGCUGAGUUGUUAAUUUAGAUGAGAUAGCAAGAAACAUGGCCAUGGAUAUGGAUGCCAUUUUUAAAGUGAUAGGGGAAUUUGGCCCCUAUCAACGACGUGUGUACUUCUUACUGUGUCUUCCAUUCAUUUUUGUUGCUACAUCAAACCUGGCAUACGUAUUUAUUGGAGCCACUCCAGAACAUUAUAGAUGCAUUGUGCCAGCAUGUGAUACAAAUCUUACAGAUCUCCACUAUAAUACAUCAUUCUUAGACUUCACCAUUCCCUAUAACAAAACAUCAGGCUACUCCAAGUGUCAACGUUACAAACACAUUGAUGAAGUAGAAGGUUGCACUCCUUCAGCUUUCAUGGAUAACACAACAGAGGACUGCCCAGAAGGGAAAGUGUUUGAUACUACUGUAUAUGCUACAACAAUUGUAACAGAAUUUAACCUUACCUGUCAUGAUGCUUGGGAAGCAAAUAUGGCACAGACAAUAUACUUCAGUGGAGUUCUGGUUGGAGCAUUCAUCUUUGGUUUCAUUGCUGACAGAAUUGGACGCAUGCUGACAAUCUUAAUUGGGCUCGUUUGCAUGGUGGUCUCCGGUGUAAUCACAGCCUUGGUCACCAGCUUAAGGGUGUUUAAUGUUAUGCGAUUCUUAAAUGCAAUGACGACAACGGCAGUCUUUCAGACGUCAUUUGUGCUAGGAAUGGAAUGCGUAGGAGCAAAUUAUCGAGUAAUGUGUGGUAUAAUUGGGGAGUACUUCUUUGCACUUGGAGAGGUGCUCCUGGGGCUGGUGGCUCUCUGGAUUCGAGAUUGGAGAAUGAUCCAGCUUGUGAUAUCUGCUCCAGCUGCCUGUUUUAUAUUUUAUAAAUGGUUUAUUCCAGAAUCUCCCCGAUGGCUAUUAGUUCAAGGAAAAACAGAGAAGGCUUACUCUGUUUUGCAGAAAAUAGCAAAGGGGAAUGGCAAGGAUUUGCCACUACAUUUAAUGCGGGAAAGUGAAGAAGAAAAUUCAGGGGAAGAUGAUGGGUCUACUAUUGAGAUGAUGAGAAAUAAGCCGACUCUGCUAGAUUUGUUUAAAACACCUCUUCUUUGUGUAAGAAUGUUCUCAAUGUUUUUCAUAUGGAUUGUGACUACUUUGGUCUAUUAUGGUAUCAGUUUGAAUGCUUCCAAUCUAAGCAGCAGCGACACCAGCUAUGGACCAUAUUUAAACUUCCCUUUGGAAGGAUGA